AGUCAUCCGAGUCAGAAAAUUAUGCGAAUGUUUUCAUUUCAUUUCGCAAUCUGCAGUAUGAUUUUGUAAAAAGCGAUGGUUUUUGUGUAUUUCUCGGCUUUUGCAUCUAUCCAGAAAUUGUUUCUAUCGAACUAAAGAUAGUAGCCUUCACAUUCCGUUGGAAAACAUGACUACUUGGCGAGAAUCAGAUACGAAAAGUGAUACAAUUUUGAGUUGCUUUCCAAAUAGACUUGGAUUGCUUUUCAUCAGCAUCUAUUGUAUGACGUUGCUUCACCAAAAGUGCUGAGUAUUUUUAUUUUUCAAUUUAAGAUAAAUAAUUCAACUGCUGUUGGGAUUGGUGUUGCACAGAAAUGCCGUGUGAAAGUUGUCACGCUCAGUUUGGUUUAAUAACGCGGAAGAAAUCCUGCUACGAAUGCCGUCGGUUGUUCUGCCGGAAUUGCCUAGAGAAGCGCCAGGAGCGAAUCUUGUGCCACAACUGUUUGAUUUUCACUAAACGGCCACUUUCCAAGGUGGACCUCGGUCAGUUGAAGGUGAAAGAUUUGAUAUUUUAUCUUCAGUCCAAACACAUUUCCACCGCUGGAUGUGUUGAGAAGGACGAUUUGAUUAAUCUGGUGAUUGCUCAUGUAAAUUCCGGAACGAAUAGUCCGCGAAGUCCAUCGGGUAGUGCAGGUAGCGGAAACGGUCGAACGUUCAAUGUAAGCUCAGCGUCUUCAACAGGUGGAAGCAGUGGUGGCGGAAGGGGAAGCAAUUCCGGAGGUUCCUCGCGAUACGGAAAUUUUUACGCUGCCAGUGUGGAAAACUGUGCGAACACCUACGAUCAGAUUAGGAAUACUUGCCAAAAUUUGUUUACCUCCAUUACCGAUAAGCUCGGUACCGACAUUCCUAAAACAACUAAUUUUGGUCCACGGUUUUCCCACUCUUCUACAGAGGAAAGUUUACGGCAACGAGAGGGAGGACAAGAAAAUGUGUCUCAGCAACCCCGCUUCGGAAACAACGAUGUGUACCGAGUCAAUUUUCAGCAAUCUAACAACGAUAACAGGAAUGUCCCGGCAGCGGAAUCUGGGCAGGCUACUGACCCGUCGGACAUUGUGUCGAAUGAAAGGAACUUGGCUUCGAAUCAUGGUGAUACUAGCGAUGGUAGUGGCAUCACUAGCGGAGCGGAUUCAAGUGGCAACAGUUCGUCCGUUUCAUCCCCAGUUGGUCAACAACAAGGAUCAACGGCUGUUCGGAUAGAAAAUGUGAAUCUGUCACUUAGUGUUAGAAUUGACAAUAUUCUCGCAUCGGAGGCAAAUCAGAAUGGCUGUGAGUGUUCGGAUGAGGAAGGUGACCUUGAAGCAAAAGAAACCCCACGCAGAAAAGAUUCGAAAAAGUCAGCCUCAGAGGACAAUUUAAUUGCCGAAGCUGGUCCAAGUCAAAGCACGGUAGGCCGUAUGACGGUUCCUGAAUCAAAAACAGACACAUCCUCCUCCUCGUUUGACGAGCUCAAUCCCGAAUGUGUUUAUACCUUACCGGGAGCACCGAUCGAUAAUGCGUUCGAUGUAGAACAUUGGCAAAUUAUCAACAAUCCGGAUAUUCUCGCAAUGGCCGCCAUCACAACGGCCACAAUGACUGAAAGCACAGACAACCCUGAUGUUCAAAAAUCAACCGAAAAACUCCUGGAAACCCAUUCCCGUGUUGUUCCUUGUUCCAGUCGGAUUCCGCGGCGCAGAUCCGAUAGUUGUCUGUUGAUUGAGAUGAACAGGCAGACUACGGGCUCGCCACUGGAACCUGCACUCGGUACGGCCUCGUCGACAGGUCAUUCUAGUCAAAAUCAAUCCACGGUUUAUGCCACCAACAAGUGCUUUAAGUGCGGCAAACGACGCAGCGGCAUUAAAAAGCAACUGAAAAAGUUUCGUAAACAGCUGGAAUCGGGAACGGAUGCUACGGAGGCGGCUCAGCGGCAGCAACUGGAAGCGUUCCUCAACUAUCUGGAACGGCGAAGCAAAGGUUCAUUUGAAUUGACCGACAGCGAUUCCAUCACGGAGGAAGCCAGCUUGGCUGAGGUGGAACCAAUCGAAGGCACCAGUUCGGGCAACGCGGCGACAUCACAUUCCAGCUAUCCGCAGAUGGAUGGAGACGACCCAGAAAGCAUCCACGUCUACUCGGCCGGCAAUCAGGAGCUGGCCAGUAAGAGUCACAUCAAGCUUGGCGAUAUCAAAGAAAGUGCCGAUCUGGACAUUCUAUCGGUGAAGCAGCUAAAGGAAAUACUGAUGCUCAACCGUGUCGAUUUCAAGGGAUGCUGUGAAAAGCCGGAACUUCGCGAACGUGUUCUACGACUGUGGCGAGAUUACAAGUCCAUUCCAUCUAUCGAAAAGCUACCGUCGGAUGAUUUGUGUAAGAUUUGUAUGGAUGCACCCAUCGAGUGUGUGAUUCUGGAAUGUGGACACAUGACUACGUGUACGGCUUGCGGAAAGGUGCUCAGCGAGUGUCCCAUUUGCCGACAGUACAUCGUGCGAGUAGUUCGGUUCUUCCGAGCGUAACGACCUCCUACGCGAUAAAUGUAGUAUCGCGUACUGCGACAGCGAAUAAGUCAGAGAUUCAAUCUAGCGAAGGAACAUGUGAUUUGUAAGCGAAACCUGUUUGUUUUCAACGGUAGUACUAAAACAACAAAAACAAAAGACAUCUAACGGUAGAUGAUGAUUUGCCGCUGUCCGCAGCGUUGCAAUCUUAGCAAAAAACAAAAGAAAAAACGAUUUCGAGUUUAGAAAGCUGCAUGUAAUGUUUUGUAGAUAGCAAGUGAUGUGAACGACAAUUUAUUUUACCGCAGCUCUUACUUACUUAUCUACUUACUGAUAAUAAUCAAAUCAAAACAUGUCGAGUUCGUUCAUUUUGGUUAACUGUUUUACCCCCCCUCCAAGAAAAAAAAGUUCACAUUGUUGGGAUUGUUUUUUAUGUGCACAACCAAACUGACACGUAGCAUCGGGAAAUGGUUGUACUAUUGUAUGGAUUAAAGUUUUGUCAGGAAACAAAUGAAUUCGUUUGUAAUGUUAUUUAUGACCAGAGUUAAUUUUAACCUACUGAAACCGUGCUACCUAACGGCGCUAACUGGCGCUGCAAUAGCAUAACUAUUUACUACCCUCAAACAUAAAUAAAUAAAACUGUAAUGUUUUCAGAUACUUCCAAUAUAUUACAAUUAGAUUCGUGAUUACAAGAGGAUUGCUAAUUACAAAUAUUUCCGAGUUUUCCUAGCUACAAUUCAAAGUAUGUAAUGUUCAACAAAUUGAAUAAAAUGUACAAACGCA